CGCAUACCCGUACCUUAUGGAAACCUGCAAACAAAAAAAUCCGAUUCUAGGCACCGGCUGCAGCAUGAAACGCGCAGCCCCCGUGACGCCCGCGCUAGCGCAGCUCCAGCCCAGCCACCUGAUACGCUCCCGCAUGCGUCAUCCGUUGCCUCCCGAACCGAAGCUCCAUCGCUCCAUCGCUCCUUCCCUCUUAUCCGUCGUCCCAUCUCACCCACCAUCUCUGCUCGUCUCGCCUCGUCUCGUCUCCCCUCUCGUACUCCAUUUUCUUCUGCACCGGCUCGUCUUUGGUUGCGUGGCCGCCUGCGACCGCUUCAGCUUAUCACCAGCGCCUGAGCUCGGGAAGCUCUACCAGCACUCGUUGACGCCGCCAUGAAGGUCGCAACCUCCGCGCUCCUCGCCGGAGCGGCAUCGGCCGCCGUUGCGCCGCAGCAGCAGAUCCUCAAGCUGCCAGAACAGCUCAAGGAGCUCAACGCCGAGUCGUGGACGAAGCCGCUCCACCACCUGGAGGAGUCGCUGAAGUCGCUUACCGGCGAGGCCCGCCGUGUCUGGGAUGAGGUGGCACUCAUGUUCCCAGAGUCAUUCGACAAAGCAUCCUUCUUUUCCACGCCAAAGCCGCACACGCGCAAGGCCGACCGCGAGUGGGAUCACAUCGUCAAGGGCGCCGACGUCCAGAGCGUCUGGGUGGAGAACGCGCAGGGCGACAAGGAGCGCGAGAUCGACGGCAAGCUCGAGAACUACAACCUGCGAGUGAAGAAGGUAGACCCGAGCUCGCUGGGCGUCGACAAGGUCAAGCAGUACAGCGGCUAUCUCGAUGAUGACGACGAGGACAAGCAUCUGUUCUACUGGUUCUUUGAGUCCCGCAAUGAUCCGGAGAACGACCCGGUAGUGCUCUGGCUCAAUGGCGGUCCCGGCUGCUCAUCCUUGAUGGGCCUGUUCAUGGAGCUCGGCCCGUCGUCCGUCAUGAAGGAUGGCAAGCUCAAGUACAACGACUUCGCGUGGAACGCGAAUGCCUCCGUCAUCUUCCUCGACCAGCCCGUCAAUGUCGGAUACUCGUACAGCAGCGGCUCCGUCAGCAACACGGUCGCAGCGGGCAAGGACAUCUACGCGCUGCUGACCCUCUUCUUCAAGCAGUUCCCCGAAUACGCCAAGCAGAGCUUCCACAUCUCCGGCGAGUCAUACGCUGGUCACUACAUUCCCGUCUUCGCUUCUGAGAUCCUGUCGCACAAGAAGCGCAACAUCAACCUCCAGUCCGUCCUCAUCGGCAACGGCCUCACUGAUGGCCUCACCCAGUACGAAUACUACCGCCCCAUGGCGUGCGGUGAGGGAGGCUGGCCCGCUGUUUUGGAUGAAGGCACUUGCAAGUCCAUGGACAACGCCUACCCACGCUGCGCCAACCUCAUUGAGAAUUGCUACAACUCCGAGUCCGUCUGGAGCUGUGUGCCUGCAUCCAUCUACUGCAAUAAUGCCAUGAUCGGCCCCUACCAGCGCACCGGCCAGAACGUCUACGAUGUCCGUCGCCCCUGCGGCAACAAUGACCUGUGCUACGACGAAAUUGAUUGGAUCAGCUCGUAUCUGAACAAGAAGGAGGUAAUGAAGGCUGUCGGCGCUGAGGUUAACUCCUACGACAGCUGCAACUUCGAUAUCAACCGCAACUUCCUCCUCCAGGGCGACUGGAUGAAGCCCUACCACCGCGUCGUUCCUGGUCUCCUCGAGCAGAUCCCAGUCCUUGUCUACGCUGGCGACGCCGACUACAUCUGCAAUUGGCUCGGCAACAAGGCUUGGACUGAGGCCCUUGAAUGGCCUGGCCAGAAGGACUACGCCAAGGCCAAGAUGGAGGACUUCCUCCUCGGGGGCGAUGGCAAGAAAAUCGGCGAGGUCAAGUCUAGCGGCAACUUCACCUUCAUGAGGCUCCACGCUGGCGGCCACAUGGUACCGUAUGACCAGCCUGCGGCAUCUGCCGAUAUGGUGAACAGGUGGUUGGCGGGAGAGUUCUGGGCUUAACUAUCUGCCUGUGGUUGGUAUGGGGAUGUUGAUACUCUGAAAUUGUGAUAUUUUGAAGGCAUCAGAUGCAUGGUUUGGAUAAAGGGGGGAGGAUCGGCCGGGAACUGUACUAUACUAAAUCAUCGGUCUCAUUCAUGAAGGUUAUAUACAACGCACACUCGUCCAUAUCUAGGUACUCAUCUUCGAGUUACUGUUUCUUGGAAGCACCUUACCAUUGAAGUUCACGGGCGCUGCACUAGGCAUUGUUGGAGGAAGGCGCCGUGGCCUACAAUGGGAGCUAAACCUGCAGACCUAUCCUUUCGGAGCUAGCGGACGAGU